UAUCAAGAGAGACAUAUGCACUAUUUCCUUAUCACAACUCAUGGUUCAGUCCACAGUCAACGCGAUGUCCUCUACAAUUACUGAGACUAAAUUUGGAGAACGUGAUUAUUACAUUUAAUAUUACACACGUGAGGGCUCUGUGUAGAGCUGCGAGGCUCUUACAUGGUGCUACAGCAGCUGGACGAGUCAGUGCCCUUUUGAUGCUAGAGCAGAAUGGAUGUGGGCCUUUCUGUUGCAGUGGGCAAAGCUUCCAAAGAACUGGUUCAUGAUGUAAGAAAUGACGCAGUGUUCAACACACAGAUGGAGUCUUUGACUGUAAGACUUAAUCUGAUCCAUCUGGUCAGAAUGUGUAAUUAACUUUAGUACAGCCUUGAUGUGGGAGUGCAUAAAAAGCCCUACAUGCACUCUUAACCAACAGAAGACAGAGUUGGGGAAACCACAAAAAGAUGAAGUGCUUCCUGUAUUGUUUGCUGCUGUUGGUGCCAUUAGAAGUCAUGGGAGUACAAGGCCAAAUAAAAGCUCAAAGACGACAUGUGUUGAUCUUUCUAAAUGAGGCAUUUGGAGUAACUACUGAAAGAGCCACACCAGCCAAAGUCACAGCAAAGAGGAACCCUGAUAAACCACUAAGAUACCAAGACUCCAAUGAUUUGUCUGAGAUGCAAUCAGUGGAGAGUUUUGUCACAUCUGGAUAUCCAGGACCUGAUCAAAGUGGAAGUGAAAGCAAAGAAACAUCUAAAGACCACGACAGCUAUGAUGUUGUGGAUCUCAAAGCUGGAGCAGUUGCGCCAUCAAGGAGAAAAACACAAACAGGCACAGACAAAAUGCAGCAGCUGGAUAAGACCAGCAGGCAUGUUCAGGGUAGCAGCCAGGAGCAGAUCAUUGGUCUAGGCAAGCAACAGGGAAGCGGCGGACAGACUGAUCUGGACAGUGAAGAGGGAACGAUGGUGAGGUCUGGCAGAGCCACGCAAAGCACAAGUGUCCAAAUCCAGGGGGAGAGGGUGGAUGCAGAUAAAAGCACGGAGACAUCUUGGGAAAGCGCAGAGGUCAACAAUGGAAAACUGGCUGUGGUGCACAACAGUGAAGAAACCAGAGAAUACAUCAGGUCUGAAACUUAUCCCUUUGAUCCCAGUAGACUGUUUGCUCCAGUCAAGUCUAGACCAAGAGCUACUUUGACUGAGUCAGGAGCCACCAUGUAUUGACUCAUUCACAACAGACAGGAUUCUUCAAAAUACAGCAGGGAGUUUUUUUUAUACCUCCAAAUAGAAGCAUUGUGUCCAUUUUCUUAUAUUCUGAUCAUGUGAAGACAUAGAAGAAAAAUAAAAAUAUUUUGAAUGAAUCUUAUGUUGGAUGUAAAGCAAUA